CGCCGCGAUGCUGGACGCCUCGGAGUCGGCGGGCCAUUCCCGGCAGCUGCUGCUCCAGCUGAACGUGCAGCGGACCAAGGGCUUCCUGUGCGACGUGAUCCUGGUGGUGCAGAACAGCUGCUACUCCGCGCCGCCCCCGCCGCCCCCGCCGCCGCCCAGGCCGGUCGAGGCGGGCAACCCGCUCAGCACCCACUGCGGGGAGCUCUACGCCGCCGCCUCCCAGGGCGCGGCGCUCCACCCGCACGGCCUGUGUCCCCCCGAGCGCCUCUGCUCGCCGCUCUGCGGACUCGACCUGUCCAAGAAGAGCCCCAACGGGCCUUCCCUGCCGCUGCCGCCGCCCGCCCCCUCCGAGAGCCGCCUGAGAGCCGGCGGGGAGAACCGCGAGAGCUCGCUGCCCCCCGGGCCCGACAGCCCGGCCGUCAGCGGCGCUCUGCUGCCCGGCCACCCCGCUUUCGGAGAGCCGGACUCGUACCGCGGCAGCCCCGGGCCGGAGCCGUCGGGGCGCGCGGAGGCGCCGCCAGAGUUCCUGUACCGCUGGAUGAAGCACGAGCCCUUGGUGGGGGGCUACGUGGAGGACGAGGAGGACGAGGAGGAGGACGGGGACUGCCGGGGCAGGCGGGACAAGGGCGGCGGGGCCGAGGGGGAGCUGGACCACAAGGCGCCCUCGCCCUCGCAGCGCCGCUACGCCAGCCUGGACAGCGCCGAGCCCGACGGGGAGGCGGAGGACCUGGAGAACGACAAGAGCACCAGCGAGGAGACGGGCUGCAGCAGCGGGGGCCCUUCCCCGGCCGCCGGCAGCUUGGAGCGCUACCUGGGCUACGAGCCGGAGAGCUUCGGCGGCGACAACCUGUACGUCUGCAUCCCCUGCGGGAAGGGCUUCCCGUCGUCGGAGCAGCUCAACGCGCACGUCGAGGCGCACAACGAGGAGGACGAGCUGUACCGCAAGGAGGCGGCCGAGGCGGCGGCCGGGCAGGGCUCCCCUUUCCUGGACAAGCCCCUGGGCGCCCCGCUGCCGUCGGGGGGCCCGGGCGGCUGCGACCUGCUGCGCCCCUACCGCUGCUCGUCGUGCGACAAGGCCUACAAGGACCCGGCCACGCUGCGGCAGCACGAGAAGACGCACUGGCUGACGCGGCCCUACCCCUGCUCCAUCUGCGGCAAGAAGUUCACGCAGCGCGGCACCAUGACGCGCCACAUGCGCAGCCACCUGGGCCUGAAGCCCUUCGCCUGCGACGCCUGCGGCAUGCGCUUCACCCGCCAGUACCGCCUGACCGAGCACAUGCGCAUCCACUCCGGCGAGAAGCCCUACGAGUGCCAGGUGUGCGGCGGCAAGUUCGCCCAGCAGCGGAACUUGCUCAGCCACAUGAAGAUGCACGCCGCCGCGGCCGCCGCGGCUGCCGCCUCGACGGGGCCCGACGGCAAGCUCAAGCUGGACUUCCCCGACGGGGUCCUGGCCAUGGCGCGCCUGGCCCAGCAGCAGCACCCGGACAAGGACCUGCUCUCGCACACCUCCCACUUCCUGGCCGCCGCCGCCGACCCCAAGGUCGCCAUGGAGAGCCUCUACCUCGGACUCAGCCCCGACAAGGCGGCCGAGGUGCUGGCCCAGGGCGCUGCCGCCGCGGCCGCCGCUGCAGCCGCCGCCGCCGCCGCCCUCCUGGGGCGGGCUGGGGACGGCGCUCUGCCAGCCGGAGGGACUGCCUUCCCUUGGGGCGUCGGGGAGGCGUCGGGGGAGUCCUGGUCGGCGGCCUCCCCCUUUCCCGCCACUUCGGACCUGCGCUCCCGCCCCCCCCUCCAGGGAACCGUGAAUCUGACCCUACCUCAAUGCACCCCCCCAACAAAACGCUCCCUUCUGCGUUGGUAG